AUGGAAGAAGCUUUAGAAGAAAUUUCAAACGAUCUUGAACAAAAAGACAUUGUUAAAAUCGAAUCCAAAAAACUCAAUGAAUCAAUGUGUACACUUGAAGUGGCAUUUUAUGCAAAUUUUUGGAAUGACAUUUUAGAGAGGUUUGAUUUAACAAGCCAUCUUUCACAAGACCCGAAAAUAGUUCUUCAAACUGCUGUAAAUGCCCUAAAUUCUCUUUUAUCAUAUUUUGUUCAAGAAAUACGAAAUAAAUAUGAAGAGUACGAAGAAAAAGCAAAACAAAUGUCAGGAUUAAAAGAUUAUGCGCCAAUUCGUUAUCGGAAAAAAAAUGUGAGGCUCAAUUCGUUAAAUAAUAAUCAAACAGCCGCAACUCAGUUAAUUUAG